AUGGCGUCACCGGAGGUAGAACCUCACCUCGGUGAGACUCACGACAUCGAGAAGGUUAGCGAUGCUUUCCAGGAGUCUGCGUCAUCCCUUGUUAUGAACGAAGAACAAGCUUUCGCCAAAGCGAGGGCCAAUCCCAACGAGGCAUUGCCCAUUCUUAUUACCUACUCAUCUCAUGACCAUGAUAACCCUCGCAACUGGUCUAAAUUGCGCAAAUGGUAUAUCAGUAUCUUUGUUAGCAUGCUGAAUGUCUUCACUUGCUGGUGUGCCGGUUCUAUCUCAUCGGGUGCGACAGGCAUCCAGGAAGAGUUUGGAGUCUCAUCUGAAAUUACGACAUUGGCUCUGUCGCUGUACGUUCUAGGCUACGCCAUUGGUCCCGUUAUGCUCGCCCCGCUAUCUGAGUACUUCGGUCGCCAGCCAGUAUACGUCGUAUCAUGGUUCCUCCUCUUUAUCUUCCAGCUUCCACUUGCCCUAGCACCCAACAUUGGCACAAUUCUAGUCUGUCGUUUCAUCGCUGGCUGCGCAGGCGGAGCCCCCUUGACGAACACUGGAGGCAGUAUCAGUGAUUUGUGGGAACGAAAUGAGAGCGGUGCCGCUAUGGCUGUCUACGGUCUCAGCAGUACCUUCGGACCCCCAACAGCGCUGGUUAUGUCUGGCUACAUCGGCCUCAAUUUGGGAUGGCGAUGGAUCUUCUGGAUCCUCAUGGCUAUCUCUGGUGGAGUCUGGCUGGUCCUUGUAUUCACCAUUCCUGAAACUCGACACACGGCAAUUUUGCAGAAGAAGGUCGCUCGCCUCCGCAAGCAGAUGAAGAAGGAGAACUUGGCUACUGCGGACUCUAUUGAUGAUAUUCAUGCCCAUGAGCGCAAGGGUCUGCAUCAGCUAUUUGCUAUCACUCUUACGCGCCCGAUCCGCUUUCUGUUUUCCGAACCUAUCACUACCUUCUCUGCCAUCUACAACGGCUUUUUGUACGGAUUGGUCUACUUGUUCAACGAGGCCUUCCCAUUGGUCUUCGGUGCGCCAAAGGGUCACCCCUUCAAUGUUGGUCAACAGGGUCUUUGCUUCCUCGGUAUGGCCAUUGGUCCCGUCGUCGCAUUCUGCCUGUACCCGCUUCAGGAGCGUUACUACCUUCGUCGCGUUGCAGAGAACGGUGGAAAAGGUGUUCCCGAAGCACGUAUGUGGAUGGCCCGCGGCGGUGCCAUUCUGAUCCCUAUCAGUCUGUUCUGGUUCGGAUGGACUAGCUAUGCAUCCGUGCACUGGAUCGUUCCUAUCAUCGCCUCCGGUUUCUUCGGUGCUGGUAUCUACAUCGUUAUUCUCAGUAUCCUGAACUACGUCGUCGACAGCUACCAGACAUACUCUGCUUCUGCGCUUGCCGGUGUGAUCCUGUGUCGCAACGUGGUCGGUGCUGGAUUUCCCUUGUUCGCUACCCAGAUGUACGAGAAACUGGAUUAUGAGUGGGCCUCGAGUUUGCUGGGAUUCAUUUCCAUUUUGUUGGUUCCUAUUCCGUUCAUCUUUUUCUACAAGGGUGAGGCUAUUCGCCUUCGCAGCCCGUGGGCACGUGAACACUUCGAUCAGACUGAGGAUAACCCGCACUGA